AUGGCCAAAGUGUUGACGCUAUUUGUUCUCCGAACACUCAUGAUCCUCUUACUUACUGGUUGGAUUUCUCUCUGGAUUAUAAAACCCACCACUCUAUGGAUACGAUCUUGGCGUCAAGCUGAAGACACCAUCAAACAUACUUUCAUCAGUUAUUACGGUAACUACCAAUCUUCUCUUACUUUACUUCCAUACGUCUCUGAUUUAUGCAAUUAUGACUCAUCAGGUCUCAACUUUGCCGUGUUCUCAUUCCCUCCUAUUGCUCUUUCUAUGAUUGGACUCGUUUACUUGAGUUUACUGUCCCAACAUCAUCGUCCAGCAAGAGGAGGGAGGAAAGGAGCUAUAACUGUCUCGAGACCAGCCAUUAUCAAUAGCUUCAUUGGAGUUGUGUCUUGUUUCGAGAUCCUUGCUCUUGUUGUAUUCGUGCUCUUUCUAGCUUGGACCUUCUAUUCACGUGUCUCUAACGACCUCAAGAAGCUGAUACCUGUCAAAACCAUGAAUCUUGACUUAUGGCAGCUGAAGUACUUCAGAGUUGCUACAAGGUUCGGUCUAUUAGCAGAAGCAUGUCUCGCUCUGCUUCUUUUCCCUGUCUUGAGGGGACUCUCGAUGUUCCGGUUACUCAACAUUCAGUUUGCAGCUUCUGUAAAGUAUCAUGUGUGGCUUGGGACCGGUUUGAUCUUCUUUUCUUUUGUUCAUGGUGGAAGCACAUUGUUCAUAUGGACUUUUACUCAUCACAUUGAAGAAGAGAUUUGGCAAUGGCAGAGUACCGGUCGGGUAUAUGUAGCUGGAGUGAUCAGUCUUGUUACAGGAUUAGUGAUGUUAAUCACAUCACUUCCUCAAAUUCGAAGGAAAUUUUUUGAAGUUUUCUAUUACACACACCACUUGUAUAUACUUUUUCUUGUAUCUUUCUUGUUUCAUGCUGGUGAUCGUCACUUCUACUGGAUUCUCCCUGGAAUCUUUCUCUUUGGACUCGACAAGAUACUUCGGAUUGUUCAAUCACGGUUCGAAAGCUGCAUUUUUUCUGCCCGUCUCUUCUCUUGUAAAGCCAUUGAGCUUGUAUUGCCAAAGGACCCAAGACUUAACUAUGCUCCGACUAGUUUUAUAUUCGUUAACAUUCCCUUGAUAUCGCGGUUUCAAUGGCAUCCUUUUAGUAUUACAUCAAGCUCGAGUGUAGAUAAACACACAAUGUCUGUUAUGAUGAAAUGUGAAGGACAAUGGACAAAUUCUGUUUAUAACAAAGUAGAAGAAGCUGGAAUUUCUGAUAACAAGAUUGGCAACAUAACCAUAAGAGUCGAAGGUCCUUAUGGACCUACUUCGGUAGAUUUCCUCAGGUACGAUAAUCUGUUUCUUGUGGCGGGAGGAAUCGGGAUUACGCCAUUUCUAAGCAUUUUGCAGGAACUUUCCUGCCAACAUCGACUCAAAUCUCCCAAGAGAGUGCAGCUUGUGUUUGCGGUUAGGACAUUCGAAGAUAUUAACAUGUUGAUUCCCAUAUCCUCUAUACUCUUCAAUCCAAUCCACAACUUGAAUCUCAAGAUCAAAGUUUUCGUCACCCAAGAAAAAAAGCAUUCCAAUGGAACAACAACAUUGCAAGAGUUUUUGGCUCAAUCACAAGUUCGGUCUAUUCACCUCGGAAACAACAUGGACUAUUCAAGAUUCCCAAUUCUUGGCCCUGAAAGUUUCAUAUGGAUGGCCAUACUAGUCCUUAUAACCAUUCUUGUGUUUGUCACCUUGCUUAUCGGUUUAAGCCAUUUCUUUAUACCUACGGAACACAGGAAUCAUAUACAGUCUAUGAAAUUAGCUGCUUCAGGAGCAAUCAAGACAGCUAAAGAAAAGGUUCCUUCGUGGAUUCCAGAUUUGGUUAUCAUCGUCUCUUACGUUAUAGCCAUAACAACCGGAGGUUUAGCUGCAACUAUUCUACACUGGAGACGACAACACGGAGAGACACCAAGAAUGUCUAAAGAAGAAGUAAAACCACAAGAAAAAAACUUCACCGAGUUAAUACCAAUUGAUCCUAUAGAGGAAGAUGGGAUACAUACCNGAGAAAGGCCGAAACUCGAAGAGAUUUUGUCGGAGUUUGAGAAGAACUUGAGAGGAUGGUCGAGUUUAGGAGUGUUGGUAUGUGGACCGGAGACAAUGAAAGAAGCUGUGGCAUCGAUGUGUCGCCAAAGACACAAACAACCCCGGUUUCCACGUCCUCGAUUCCCACGUCCAACGGCAUUGGAGGAUGAUUGCAUCUCCUUUGCUUUGAUGGACGGUUUUACCGGUCUUUCGCGAGAUGCGUCUAGCUUAUUCAGUCUUUGGGCUGUGAAUAUUAUGGUUCUCAGGAGUGAUUGCUCUGUGCAACUAACUCGUGUUGUGAUGCAAUUAGGAGCUGAAGUUAAGGCCGGGAAGCCUCUUACAGUGAAGCAUGAUCAAUGUUUCUCAGAUGAAGAGGAGGAAGUGGAGGUCCCUGCAACUGUCACUACCAAUGGACAUUUUGGAGAUGUUGUCAAGGCUGACUCAAAACCAAAGGCCAAGCCUCUAGAAGUAAGCAUGGCAAACCCACUGCGUUACCCAUUAUAA